CAGGUAUUAUGGAGAAAAUGAUGGAAUUGGGUCUUUUGAUUCUGCUGGGUCUGCAGCCGGUGGUGGGAGCUGGACACUGGUGUGAAAACAUAGUGGAGGAGAGAGUGGAGUGGGUUCUAUCCCCACGUCUACAGCUUGAAGUGAGCUGCUCUGAAGUUUACCAGUACAGCACCCAGGGAUGGAGACUGGAUGUGGACAGGCUGCGCACCAAGCAUGGGGGAGAUGACGGUAUUGCACUAUAUUACAAGCAACAGGGACAGAAAGCAUCCUGUUUCUUGUACAAGCCCCCAGAGAUGGAAAGCCAAGCAGUGAAUAAGACAGUGAGGACCUGCUGUGAGGGAUGGGGAGGACCUCACUGCUCUCAAGGUAUUGGGGUGCGUGGUCAGUGCUAUUCCACGUGGAACUGUGAGGAAUUCCCUGGAGUUCAUAACGCCUCACUCAUGCCAAUGGAGCAAUGUUGCAGCACCAUGUGGGGACUUAGCUGGAGGAAUGCCUCGGACCAAACCUGUUUGACUUGCACCUACACUCUGCUGCCAGACUCCCAGUCCUCUCCUCUGGUGCGGAGUGGGCUGCUGGGUACUGUGAGGCUUCCUCAAGGCUCAGCCACAUGCAUGUCCUGGGGUGGGACCCACUUUCGCACUUUUGACCAGAAGCACUUUCACUUCCAGGGAAGCUGUACGUACCUUCUGGCCUCAUCUACUGAUGGCACCUGGGCCGUCUACAUCAGUACAGUCUGUGACCAAAGAGGAGGCUGUAGCAAGGCCCUCAGGAUGAUGCUGGGUCUGGAUUUGGUUUCUAUUCAUCACAAAAACCUAACUCUGAACACCCUCCCUCUUCCUAAUGGAGAGCCACUAUUUCAAAAUGGAGUGAGUGUCUACUGGCUCGGGGACUUUGUAUUUGUGGAGAGUGGAGUGGGGGUCAGGGUGAAGUUUGACAUGGUCAACACAGUGUAUGUGACAGUAACCUCUGAGCACCUGGGAACCACCAGAGGACUUUGUGGAGUCUUUAACAACAACGCUAAUGAUGAUUUCACCACAAUGGCAGGAACCGUCUCUCCGUAUGCUGCCAGUUUUGGCAACUCAUGGAAAGUUCCGGACCAGCACAUCGAGGACUGCAGCGAUGCAGCUGAGCUCGGCCACAGCUGUGAUGUCGCUGGAGAGCCACUUCUACGUAGGCAGGCAGAAUCAGUGUGUCAUCAGCUGCUGGAAAACCCUUUCACACACUGCCACAGCCAGGUUGAUCCAGUAGCCUACAUAGACACUUGUCAAUACCUGUAUUGUAGUCUCCCAGCCAAAGAGAGGCAGGCUGCAGUAUGCGACACCCUGGCCAGCUAUACCCGGGAAUGUGCGCAACAACACAUCAUCAUAAUGUGGAGGACAGCAACACUAUGUGGUCGUGUCUGCUCCAGAGGACAGGUCUUUUCAGACUGUGUGUCCUCCUGUCCUCCAAGUUGUACUUCACCUCAACCCCCAGGACCUGCUGGAGCCAUGGGUCAGUGCAGAGAGGAGUGUGUGGGGGGCUGUGAGUGUCCUCCCGGUCUCUACCUUCACCAGGGCCUUUGUUUGAAAAGAGAAGACUGUCCCUGUUUUCACCGGCGGCGUAGUUACCAGCCUGGGGACAGGAUACAGAAGAGAUGCAACACCUGUGUCUGCAGGGCUGGUCAGUGGGAGUGUACAGUUGAAAAGUGUGCAGGCCAGUGCACUCUCAUGGGGGCAUUGCACGUGACCACAUUUGACAAAAAACAGUAUGCAUUGCCUGGUGGAAACUGUCCUUUCAUUGUUGUGGAGGACUUUGUUGACAGGAAGUUGGUGGUGGGAGUACGCUGCGGAGAGUGUACGGCAGGGGAUGGGGGAGGUGGAGGAGAAACGAGCUGUUUAAAGGAGAUGUCAGUGACAGCUCUUCACACAAAAGUCACCAUCACAGACACUGGCACUGUUACUCUGAAUGGCCGACAAGAGACACUGCCUGUGGUGACCGGAGACCUGGUGUUGCGCAAGGCCUCCUCUUCAUUCAUAAUCAUCCAGACUUUUGGAGCACAACUUCUUUGGUACUUAGAUGGAUCCUUUGCCCUCAUCGACCUGCUGCCUGGUUUUGCCAAUAAGGUGCGUGGUCUGUGUGGAACAUUGACUUGGAACCAGCAUGAUGACUUCACCACCCCAGAGGGAGAUGUGGAGAACAACGUUUUAUCCUUUGCAGAGAAAUUCACAAGUGAGCCCUGCAAUCUGCCUGCAGGAGCUCCACCUGACCUCUGUUCCACAUUCACCCAGAGGAGAAUCUAUGCUGAAACAAUGUGUGCUACCAUACAUAGUCCUAUCUUUCAGGUGUGUCAUGAUGUGGUGGACAGGGAGCCAUAUUUCCGUCUCUGUCUCUCAGAGGCGUGUGGCUGUGUUUCACAGAGGCCAUGUCACUGCACCGUCCUCACUGCCUAUGCCCGGCACUGUGCUCAGGAGGGCGUCACAGUCCGCUGGCGCAACCAAACAUUCUGCCCGAUCCAGUGCACAGGGGGCCAGGUGUACCAGGAGUGUGGUCGUGCCUGCAACGGCUCCUGCUCAGACCUGCUUCAGGGCUGGAACUGCGAUGAUUUCAGUUCUCAAACAGGUCACAGCAUGUGUGUUCCAGGUUGCCAGUGUCCAAUGGGUCUGGUGCAGGACCAGCAAGGCCAGUGUGUGCCAAUCUCCCUGUGCCCGUGUAUGGAAGGAGACAAGGUGUAUCCAGCAGGUGCUGUGGUUCAGAACAGCUGUAACACCUGUGUGUGUGAGCAGGGAGUAUUUAACUGCACCCAGGAUCACUGUGUGGAGGUACAACAGUGCCCCCACUCUCUGAUCUACUCUCCACGCUCCUGCCUUCUGACUUGCUCAAGUCUGGACCCUCCUGGCCAUCUCAAUGUGUCCAGUGUCUCACCAUCGAGUUGCAGAGAGCCAUUGUCUGGCUGUGUCUGUCCUCAGGGAACUGUCUUACUAGGUGAUCGCUGUGUUCUGCCACAUGAGUGUCCAUGUCACCAUAAUGGUCAACUUUAUUACACCAAUGACACCAUCACUAAAGACUGCAACACAUGUGUGUGUAAGGAGCGGCGCUGGCACUGCACCCACACCAUCUGUGGCGGAGUGUGUAUUGCAACUGGUGAUCCACACUAUGUGACUUUUGACGGCCGCUGCUACUCGUUUCUGGGUGACUGCCAGUAUGUGCUGGCCCAGGAGAACAGCGGCUUGUUCAGUGUGAUGGCAGAGAAUGUGCCGUGUGGCAGCACCGGCGUCACCUGCACCAAGUCAGUCACCCUCAGCCUGGGAAACACUGUCAUACACCUGCUGAGAGGUAAAGCAGUAACAGUGAACGGGAUGCCAGUUACUCUACCAAAGUCCUACGGUGGCAGCGGUUUGGCUUUGGAGAAAGUCGGCAUAUUUGUUGCACUCUCUUCCCAACUGGGAAUCACCUUGCUUUGGGAUGGAGGUAUGCGUGUGUAUUUGCACUUGGCCCCCCACCUGCGGGGUCAGGUUGGGGGCCUGUGUGGAAACUUUGAUGGAGACACAGAGAAUGACUUCAUGACACGGCAAGGAAUCAUCGAGUCUACACCAGAGCUAUUUGGAAAUUCAUGGAAGGUCAGUCCUUCCUGCCCUGAUGUAGAAAACCAGGACCUCAGAGAUCCCUGUGCUCUGAACCCCCAUAGACUGACGUGGGCCAGGAAAAGGUGUGCUGUGCUGACUCAGGAUCUGUUUUCACGGUGCCACUCCGAGGUGUCUUUCCAGCAGUAUUAUGACUGGUGUGUCUUUGAUGCUUGUGGCUGUGACUCCGGUGGGGACUGUGAGUGUCUCUGCACAGCUAUUGCUUCCUAUGCUGAGGAGUGCAAUCGGAGAGGAAUUUACAUCCGCUGGAGAUCCCAGGAGCUCUGUCCUCUUCAGUGCGAUCAAGGGCUGGUCUACAAUCCGUGCGGCCCAGCAUGCACUCUGUCCUGCCCUAGUGUUCAGCAGAGUCCAUACUCUCAGUGCGGGGUGCUUUCCUGUGUGGAGGGCUGUUUCUGUCCUGCUGGCACAGUCAGACAUGGUGACAGCUGUAUAGUACCUGCACAGUGUCCUUGUGAAUGGGAAGGCUCCAUGUUUCCACCUGGGAGUGCCAUCUCUAAACACUGUCAAAACUGUUCUUGUGAGGAGGGUGCAUGGCAUUGUGAGGGUGUAUCUUGCCCUCCUCCCCCACCUCCCUGCCUGGAGUCAGAGUUUUCCUGUGCCAGUGGACGCUGCAUUUCCUCCCAGUGGGUAUGUGAUAACGAGGAUGACUGUGGAGAUGGUUCAGAUGAGAUCUGCCCAUCCACCUGCUCCCCAGACCAGUUCCACUGUGCAAGCACCCCAAGCGGACCAUGUUUGAACCUGGCUCUGCGUUGUGAUGGCCACCCAGACUGUGCUGACCAAUCAGAUGAGGAGUUCUGUGGACCUGCCACUCCUGUGCCCCUGUGUCCUCCUGGAGAGUUUCAGUGCGCUAACGGAAAGUGUCUGCCAGCCAGCCAUGUGUGCGAUGGACGGCUAGACUGUGGCUUUGCUGAUGGUUCGGAUGAGCAAGACUGUGGUGUGGUAUGUGAUGAGGGAGAGUUCCUGUGUCCUGGAGGACGCUGUAUCCUCUACAUCCACCGCUGUGAUGGUCAUAAUGACUGUGGGGACCUAAGUGAUGAGAGGGGGUGUGUGUGCUCACCAGGAGAGUUCCAGUGUCCGGGUGAUCAGUGUGUCCCAGCAAGCAGAGUCUGUGAUGGAAAGAGAGACUGCCCUUCAGGAACAGAUGAAGCUGUCUGCCCAAGAAAAGUUUGUAGGUCCUAUGAGGUCCCCUGUACCAGCGGGGGGCAAUGUGUGCCACAGGCGUGGCGUUGUGAUGGGGAAACAGACUGUAUGGAUGGCAGUGAUGAGCAGCAGUGUGCUGCCCCCUGUGGACCAGGCAAAGUGCCUUGCCUCAGCGGGGAUCACUGUGUGGAUUACCAACAACUCUGUGAUGGGACCCCACACUGCAGAGAUGCAUCUGAUGAGAGCAUCGACACCUGUGGCUCUGCCCAGAUACCAUCCUGUCCAGGUAGCUUCCCUUGUGACAACCACACCUGUGUGAACAUGUCACAACUCUGCAAUGGCAUCCCAGACUGUCCACGGGGCCAUGAUGAGUUGGUGUGUGAUAAAGUCAUUUCACCAGUGCCCCCUGGCGGUCGAAACAUCUCUACACCCUGUUCUGAGUUCACCUGUAUGGAUGGAACCUGUUUGCCAUUUAGCAGGGUGUGCAAUGGAGUUGCAGACUGUCCUGACUCUUCAUUCACACCUUCUGGAGGACCCACAGAUGAGCAUGGGUGUAGAACAUGGAGUUCAUGGGGCCCCUGGAGCCCUUGCAGCACCUCCUGUGGAGCAGGCACCAUGAGCCGGCAGAGAUCAUGCCCUCCUGGUGGCCCGCUUCACCGCUGUCUGGGCCAACACAUCCAGAAGCAGCAGUGCUUCAACACCACUUGCCCUGUGGAUGGUCAGUGGUUGCCAUGGACAAGCUGGUCCAACUGUUCCAGUGGUUGUGGUGGGGCGCAGGUGAGGCGCAGAGACUGCAUUCCUCCUCGCUACGGAGGUCGACACUGUUCCCAUCUCCCUGGACCAUCUAACCUCUCCAUGGAGAUCAAACCAUGUCCAGAUGAUGGUUGCGCUAAUACCAGCUGCCCCCCUGGCCUGGUGAGACACAGCUGUGCUCCAUGUCCUGUCUCCUGUGCUCAUAUCAGCAGCGGGACCACCUGUGACCCUGCAACGCCCUGCUUCUCUGGUUGCUGGUGCCCUGAAGGCCAAGUGAUGAGCCUUACACAGCAGUGUGUUUUACCAGGAGAGUGCGGGUGUGAGGUGGCUGGUGUUCAAUACUGGCCGGGCCAGCAGAUAAAAAUGGACUGUGACCUUUGUGUUUGUGAGAGGGGGAAGCCUCAGAGGUGUCAGCCCAACCCAGACUGCUCAGUGCACUGUGGCUGGUCAUCAUGGUCAGAGUGGGGAGAGUGUUUGGGACCCUGUGGGGUCCAGAGUGUCCAGUGGUCAUUCCGCAGCCCGAAUAAUCCCAGCAAGCAUGGAGAUGGGAAAGUUUGCAGAGGGAUUUACAGAAAGGCUCGUCGGUGUCAGACAGACCCUUGUGAUCAGUGUUACCAUCAGAGUCGCCCCCAUGCAGUUGGAGAAAGAUGGAGGGCAGAGCCCUGCCAGAUAUGUCACUGUCUUCCCAACCUCACAGUGCACUGCGCCCCCUACUGUCCAUAUGCUGUCACUGGAUGCCCCAUGGGUCUAAGCCUCAUCCCUGGAGAAGGAAGCAGGUGCUGUUACUGCCAAGGAGAAAACGGCACAAUGGGUGUGACAGAGACCCCUGGCACAAUGACAUCCAAGCCAGCGGAUAUCACUCCUCUGGUCCCUACAUAUCCAUUUCCACCUGGAGAUGAGUGCUGGGUUCCUCUGGGUGUCCAGACUCUCCCAGUGUCUAGUUUCACCGCCUCGUCACACCAGGAGGGUCACCCACCUGAGGCAGCACGGCUUCAUGGCUGGGACCCUCGAAGAGAUCUCCAGGGCUGGAGUCCACAGCCGGAGGAAUAUAAAGACCUACCACAAAAGAGACCUGAAGCACAGAGUGUCAACACACAGAGUCCCUAUAUACAGAUUGACCUGCUUAAACCUUACAACAUCACUGGUGUGCUGACCCAGGGAGGUGGUGUUUUUGGCACAUUUGUGUCCAGCUUCUACCUUGAGUUCAGUCAUGACGGGAAACGAUGGUACGCUUACAAGGAGCUUCCAGCUGAUGGACCACCUAGAGCCAAGGUUUUUCUUGGUAACCAUGAUGACCGAGGUGUGAUGGAGAGCAGACUGGACAGGAUCGUGUCGUCUCAGUUUGUGCGACUCUUGCCCCAUGACUUCCAGAAUGGCAUCUACCUUCGUCUGGAGAUCAUGGGCUGUGGUGAUGGUUAUCCUUGGUUAUCCUCCCCAACCCCUCCUUCACCAGUCUGCAGAGAGAAAGAAUUCCAGUGUGACAACGGUCGCUGUGUCCCGGCGGGUACCGUGGGAGUGGUCUGUGAUGGAGUCAAUGACUGUGGGGAUGGAUCAGAUGAGAAGUACUGUGGUACCCAACCUACCACAACAGCCAUCAGUCCACGCAGCUGUCCCACUGGUCACUUCUCUUGCCCACCACCAGGGGGCUGCAUUGAGGCACACAGGCGUUGUAAUGGCAUCCCUGACUGUCCAAAAGGAGAGGAUGAAAACGGAUGCCUCCCACAUGAUGUCACUACACAGUCAGACAGGCCCCACACACCCACUCCUUCUCCUCUGAGGACCCCAGCAGUGGCUUCUGUUACUCUCUCUGCUGUCACGCCAACUGAUGGUGGCCCAGGAUAUCAUGGCAUUUGCUCCUCUCCUCUUGGACUGGAGGAUGGGAGGAUUAACCACAGCCAGCUGUCCUCAUCCUCACAGCGUGAGAACAACCCUGCUGAUGCCGGAAGACUAAAUAUCGUCUCAAACAUUCCAGUUAUGGAGCCUGGCUGGAGCCCCCUACCUGCGGACCCCCAGCCAUAUUUUCAGGUGGACUUCCUGGAGCCCACUUGGAUAUCAGGGGUAGUGACACAGGGCAACGAUCGCAUGUGGGGUUACCUCACUAAAUACCGCCUGGCCUUCGCCUCGCAGAGCGGCCUCUUCUCAAAUUUCACAGCAAAUGGAAAGUUUGACGGCCCUGCUAAGGUGUUUGAGGUCCGUAUGGCGGGCAGGACCCCUGUGACCCGUUGGUUGGGUCGGUUGGUAAGAGCUCAGUACAUGCGACUCUUCCCUGUGGAGUUCAGGCACACGUUUUACCUGCGUGUGGAGGUUCUAGGCUGCAGAGGAGAUGAGCAGCCAACGACAUCGCCCUCUGGUGUUGGGAAAGUGACAGUGCAGCGCUGUAACCCAGGCCAGUUUGCUUGCCGCUACAGUAAGGAGUGCAUCCCUGUGUCUCUGCUUUGUGAUGGUCAACCAAACUGCAAGGAUUACUCUGAUGAGAUAAGCUGUGGAACCGCUCCCACCCGAGGCUUGCAUGAUCAGACCAGCUACGCUACAACACCUGGUAUCCAUGUCCAAAACGCAACAGGCAGCCCUGGGCUACAUACUGCCGAGACUGAAGGACCUGGACUCCAUCUCACUACCUCACUGCAGCCUGGCACACCUGGUCUUCACACCACAGCAGCACCAGCAGUCAUCACAAGCCCUCCAGAUACUGGUUUACCCAGAGUGCUUUGUGUGGAGGGCCAGUUCACGUGCUGGUCAUUUGGCUGUGUGGACUCUGCGCAAGUGUGUGAUGGAAGGAAGGAUUGCUUAGAUGGUUCAGAUGAAGAACGCUGCGGCACAACCACCAGUCCAGUAGUAACUCCAUGGCGCCCCCUGGUGCCCAGGCCAUGUUCUCCUAAACAGUUUUCUUGUGACAGUGGGGAGUGUGUCCACAAAGAUCGCAGGUGCGACCUGCGGAGGGACUGUGUUGAUGGAUCGGAUGAAAAAGAUUGUGUGGACUGCAUAAUGUCCCCGUGGACAGCCUGGAGUGCCUGCAGUGUGACGUGUGGUCUCGGCUCCUUGUUCCGGCAGAGGGAUAUAUUAAGAGACGCCCUGCCUGGGGGAUCCUGUGGUGGAGCUCAGUUUGACAGUCGAGCCUGCUUCCCUCGAGCAUGUCCAGUUCAUGGUCACUGGUCGGGGUGGACAGAGUGGUCAGAGUGCGAUGCUUUGUGCGGAGGAGGAGUUAGGCAGAGGAACCGAACCUGCUCGGCCCCUCCUCCUAAAAACGGAGGGCGAGACUGUGAGGGCAUGACCCGACAGAGCCAAACCUGCAACCUCCAGCCCUGCACCGAUGAGACAGGCACACAGACAGGCUGUGUCAGUGGUAUGGUGCUGGUGACAGAAGAGGACUGCCGAGCUGGAAGGGUUGAUCUCUGUCCUCCUACCUGCUCAGAUCUCAGCUUGACCACCAACUGCUCUGCAACUUGUACCAUCGGCUGCCGCUGUCCCUACGGGUUGUACCUUCAGGACGGCCAAUGUGUGAACUCCAGCCAGUGUGUCUGCCACUGGGACGAUGACACGCUGCAGCCUGGACAGGUGAUCAGCAGAGAUCAGUGCACCACAUGUAUGUGCAGAGAAGGGCAGGUCAUCUGUGACCCUUCUAGAUGUGUGGGGACCUGUCGGUGGUCUGCCUGGUCUUCAUGGUCUCCAUGUGAUGUCACCUGCGGUGUGGGGCUGCAGCAACGCUACAGGUCUUUGCUGAUAGAGGCAGAACCAAUCAGAGCAGCCUGUUCAGGUGACACCUCUGAGUCCCGGCGCUGCUCCAUCCCGUGUCUCCCUGGACUACCAGAUGGCACAUGGAGUAAAUGGAGUAGCUGGUCAGAGUGCACUAAGACGUGUUUCAGUGACGUAGAUGACGUGGGGAUGAGACGGCGAUUUCGCGGCUGCAACAGCACACUCCCAGCUCCCGACCACAGUUACACACCAGCUGUAUGUGCUGGAGAGGACGAGGAACAAGAGCCCUGCAACACUGUGCACUGUCCAGUGCAUGGAGAGUGGUCCCUGUGGUCCCAGUGGUCUCCGUGUUCAUCUGAGUGUGACUCUGGUGUCCAGACGAGGGCGAGAUUCUGCAGUUCACCACCGCCACAGCAUGGGGGCAGAAACUGUACUGGACCUCACAUACAAACAAAGGACUGCAACUCUCAUCCCUGUUCAGGCGUGUGUCCAGAGGGGAUGACGUACAUGACAGCAGCGGAGUGUAAGGCCCAGGGAGGAGCAUGUCCGCGGGUGUGCAUGGACAUGACCUCCACAGAGGUUCAGUGUGCCACCUCCUGCUACGACGGCUGCUACUGCGCCCCGGGCCUCUACCUGUUCAACAGCAGCUGUGUUCCUUUGGCACAGUGCCCGUGUUACCACCAGGGAGAGAUGCACCCAGCAGGUGCCUCCCUGCCUGCUGAUGUCUGUAACAACUGUACCUGUACCGAUGGAGAAAUGAAAUGUGGGACUGUUCCUUGCCCAGUGGACUGUGGCUGGAGCAGUUGGACCCAGUGGAGCGCUUGCACUCGAACAUGUGACGUAGGUUUCAGACGGAGGUACCGCUCAGGAACCAAUCCUCCUCCAGCUUUCGGUGGUCGUCCGUGCAAAGGAGAGCGAGUCGGGCUAGAUACCUGCAGCAUCGAACCCUGUCUGGGUAUAAGAGAACCAUGGAGUGUGUGGUCGGAGUGUUCUGUGACGUGUGGAGGAGGUUACAGGACACGGACCCGUGGGCCAAUCAGAAUCCACGGCACAGCUCAGCAGUUCAGCGCCUGUAACCUGCAGCCGUGUGGUGAGGGUAAGACGUGUCCUCCAGGCCAGCAGUGGACGCAGUGUGUGGUCGGGGCUGUGACCUGUACAGACCUCACACUGAACCUCAGCAGGAACUGUACCCCCGGUUGCCAGUGUCCUCAUGGGACUGUCCUGCAGGACGGUAAAUGUGUGCUUCAGUCAGACUGUCGCUGUGAUGUUGAUAGAGAACCUUACAAACCCGUAGACACUGUGCCCAGAAACUGCAAGAACUGUACCUGUGAAAGAGGAAAACUUAUAAAUUGCUCUCGAGUCAGCUGCAAUGUGGAUGGCCAGUGGUCAGCGUGGACUCCCUGGAGUCAAUGCUCAGUGUCUUGUGGACCGGGUCUCCAGUCUCGGUACCGGUUCUGUUCCAGUCCCCAGCAAUCUGGCAGUGGACUUCCAUGUCUUGGUCCUCACCGCGAGGAUCAAGUUUGCAUCAUUACCCCAUGUGAUCUUGAUGGGGGCUGGAGUCAGUGGAGUGACUGGACAGAGUGCAGCAAGUCCUGUGGUGGGGGGAUUCAAAGCCGGAGGAGACACUGUGACAGUCCCACUCCUGAGGGGGAUGGGAAUUACUGCGAGGGGCUGGGAACCGAAGUUAGAGCCUGCAACACUGACCACUGUCCAGUGCCGCCUUGUUCGAAGGUCCCAGGAACAGUUUUCAGCAGCUGUGGACCCUCCUGUCCUAGAUCUUGUGACGACCUGUCACACUGUGAGUGGCAUUGUGAGCCCGGGUGCUACUGCACAGAGGGAAAGGUCCUGUCACGUAAUGGGACGGUCUGUGUAGCGAGGGACGACUGUCCAUGUUUGGACAUAAACACUGGCCACCGAGUGGAACCAGGAGAGUCCACUGAGGCACCUGAUGGAUGCAACAACUGCACUUGUGAGAGUGGCAAGUUCAACUGCUCCAAACAGCCUUGUCCAGUUUCUGGUGGGUGGUGUGAGUGGUCAGAGUGGACUCCCUGUUCCAGAACCUGUGGGGCAGAGUCGGUGUCCCGAUACAGGAGCUGUAACUGUCCUGAGCCAAAAGCUGGGGGAGAACCCUGUCCUGGAGAACAGGAAAUGCACAAUGGGAUUGGAGUUCAAAUACAGCAACAGCCCUGCCCUAUCAUCACGUUCUGCCCAAUUCACGGUUCAUGGAGUUCCUGGUCAGCGUGGUCAGAGUGUGAUGUGUGUGCUGGGUCAUCCAUACGUACCAGACAGUGUAACAGUCCCCCUGCCAGAUUUGGAGGCCUCCCCUGUCUGGGAGAGAGCCGGCAGAGUCGCAGAUGCCAUGACAACAUCACUGUCUGCUCAGACUGCGGUGGUGGUCAGGAAGAAUGGCCGUGUGGGAAGCCGUGUGCUCGCUCCUGUUCAGAUCUCCAUGGUGACACAGACUGCUCGGACUCCCCUCCAUGCAGCCGGACCUGCGGUUGUCCGGGUGACUUGCUGCUGCAGGACGGAGUGUGUGUGACCAGAGAGGAGUGCCGCUGCAAAUAUCACAACAGCUCCACCACCGAUGGUUUGGAUUCCAGUGAUACAUCAUGGGUAUGGCCAGGGGGAUAUGAUUGGCUGUUUGCGAAUCCGGGAGACGUCAUCAUCAGUGAAUGCACAAACUGCUCCUGUAAGGCGGGGGUUUUGCAGUGCCAGUCAGUCCCUGGUUGCCAUGUGGACGGGGGCUGGGGCCAAUGGGGAGCCUGGACCGGGUGCUCUCUUCCUUGUGGUGGAGGAGUCACAUUUAGGAGGCGUCUGUGCAACAACCCUGCCCCUCAGGGUGGAGGCAGAGGUUGCCUGGGUGUAGCUGAGCAGCAGAUAGACUGCAACAAGCAACCGUGCACAGACUCGGUGGGCCCUUGGCUGCCCUGGUCUCAGUGGUCUGCAUGCUCAGUCAGCUGUGGUGGGGGGCAGCAGUCCCGCUCUCGUGUCUGCACUUCUCCACCUUGCCACGGUAUCAGUCGCCAAAGCAAAAUGUGCAACACACAAGUCUGCCUUGAUGUGGGCUGUCCCCCGGGGAAGCUGUACAGGGAGUGUGAACGUGGAGAGGGUUGUCCCUUCAACUGCGCUCAGGUCAGCGGCAGAGAGGGCUGCUACGCUGACAGCUGUGAGGAAGGCUGCCACUGCCCCCCACACACCUACCAACACCGUGGGACGUGUACACCGGAGUGCCCAUGUCUGGUGGAUAAGGAGCUCCUGGCCUCCCUGCAGAGUGUGUCAAUCACACCAGUAUCAUAUCUGCUCUCCAGCAACAUCUCAGAAGGGAUGGAGCUCAUGUCUGGAGAUACAUUAACGCAUGAUUGCAGCACCUGCGGCUGUGAGCAUGGCAGGUGGAACUGUUCCCUGGAGUUCUGCCCAGUUGAUGGGGGCUUGUCACCCUGGGGCGCCUGGAGCCCCUGCUCGCUCUCCUGUGGCGGUCUGGGAGUAAAGAUUCGUACCAGGGGCUGCACACAGCCAGCCCCGGCCCACGGUGGGAGAGACUGUAAGGGGCCCCGCCAAGAGACUACCUACUGCCAGACCCCUGACUGUCCAGCUACUGUUGUUCCAACAGUGGAACCAUCUAUUCCAGAAGAGGAUUCCGGCUUCACCCCAUGGUCUCUCUGGAGUUCCUGCACAAAAACCUGCACUGACAUUGAAAGUCCUGCAUUAAAGUCUCGUCAUCGACAAUGUUCCAAACAUCCCUGCUCUGGAAGCUCUCGCCAAGAGAAGGCCUGCAACCUGCCUCAGUGUCCAGGUGAGGUGUGCGUAGCAGCCGACUGUGUAGAAAGGAACUGCUCAUGGACGGAGUGGGGGAAGUGGGGGUCCUGCUCUCGGUCCUGUGGAGUAGGUCAACAGCAGAGGAUCCGAACUUUCCUCCGGCCUGCUGGCAACGGCUCCUGGUGCAAGGACAUUGUUGGUGGGAACCUGGAGAAUCGCUUCUGCAACAUAAGGCCCUGCAGAGUGGAUGGAGCCUGGUCCAGGUGGAGUCCCUGGUCCCGCUGCGAUCAGCGCUGUGGGGGAGGCCGCUCCAUCCGCACUCGCUCCUGCUCCAGCCCUCCACCAAAGAACGGGGGGAAGAAGUGCGUGGGGGAGAAGAACCAGGUCAAGCCCUGCAACACCAAUCCUUGUGAUGAGAAAGGGUGUCCAUUGGGCCAGGAGUUUGUGCCGUGUGCCAACCAGUGUCCUCAGCGCUGCUCAGAUCUCCAGCAGGGCAUCGAGUGCCAGGGCAGCGUCGACUGUCAGCCUGGCUGCCGCUGCCCUAAAGGUCAGCUGCAGCAGGACGGUGUGUGUGUGGAGCUGUGGCAGUGCGACUGUGUGGACUCCCUGGGGAACGUGUGGGCGGCCGGCAGCUGGCACCAGGUGGACUGCAACAACUGCAGCUGCUCUGACGGACGGCUUUUCUGCACCAAUCACAGCUGUCUCCCCGCCUGCGCUUGGAGCUCGUGGUCCAGCUGGGCAGCGUGCAGUGUUUCCUGUGGGCAGGGCCAGAGGACCAGAUACAGAUCCCUGAUCCCGGAGGCUGAAGGAGCAGACUGCAACUUUGAGGAGGUUCAGCACAAAUCUUGCAAGCCUGGAACCUGCCCUCCUCUCUGCAUUCAUGAGGACCAGGAACUCGCAGUGGGAGACACCUGGCUGCAGGGAGAGUGUCAGCAAUGCACAUGUACCCCUGAGGGAGUCUACUGCCAAGACAUCGACUGCAGAGUUGACGGGGCGUGGACCCCCUGGUCGGUGUGGUCUGACUGCUCAGUGACCUGUGGGCAGGGCACGCAUGUCCGAACCCGAGCCUGCAUCAACCCCCCACCGCGAAACAAUGGCUCUGACUGCAGCGGACCAGCAAAACAAGCACAGAGCUGUCAGACCCCUCCGUGUUUGGAUGACCUUUGCCCCUGGUCGCCGUGGUCGGCGUGCUCCCGGAGCUGCGGUGCUGGGUCAGUGUGGCGGCGCAGGGUGUGCGUCUGUGAGGAGGGAGGGGACGCUGCGUGCCCCCCAGAGGUGGAGGCUGUGAGGAACAGCGAGGAGACCCAGCUGUGCUACCAGCAACCAUGUCCUGGCUGUCCCGUGUCAGCGUGGAGCGUCUGGUCUCGCUGCUCAUGUGAGUCUCAGAGGCAGCAGCGCUAUCGGGUAGCCCUGACCUCAGCCACCAGGGGGCAGCAGUGCUCUCCCGUGGAAACCCAGAGCCGGGCGUGCAGUCUCAGUCAGUGUGAUGCCUGCCAAGUGCCGUUUGUUUACUCAGCAUGUGGAGCUCCCUGUGAGAAGCAGUGUGCUCUGAUGGGCAGAGAAGAUCUGUGUCUCGGUGUCAGGGAGUGCACACCUGGCUGCUACUGCCCCGAGGGUCUGCUGCAGCAGAAUGGCAGCUGCGUUCCUCUGCAGGAGUGUGGAUGCAUCUACCUGCGGCACCAGGCGUCAGGAGAACCUCCCACGCCUAUCACCGUCCCUCAGGGGGCCACGGUCACGAUAGACUGCAGUACCUGUCUUUGUCAUGAUGGGACUUUGCAUUGCGACACAAGAGAGUGUGAAGUUAUCCUCAGUGAGUGGUCAGAGUGGACCACCUGCUCUCUGUGCGUUCCCGCGAACUCUGACCCGCCCAGCGGCUCCCAGGAAGGGCUCAUCAACAGCACCAAAAUGGUCUCCAUCCAGAGACGUUACCGCGCCUGCUUGGACAUAGAUUCUGGUCUUCCUGUCAAGAGAGAGCAGGAAAGCCAGUGUCUGGGACCGUUGGUCCAGGAGAGGUUCUGUCCAGAUGCCUCCAUCUGUAGAGAUCUGUGCCACUGGAGCGUGUGGAGUGUUUGGACAGCAUGUGCACAACCAUGCAGCGGUGGAGUCAGGCAGCGCUACAGACGACCCCUGGCCUCUCCCGCAGGGCCCCGCUGUCGGAGCCAGCAGACGCAGAGCCAGAGCUGCAACACUGGGCUCUGUCCAGGAGAGCGUUGUGAGGACAGAGAGCGGAUCUACCAGGAGAGCUGUGCCAAUCAGUGUCCUCGCAGCUGUGCAGACUUAUGGGAGCAUGUGCAGUGUCUGCAAGGAAGCUGUCACCCAGGCUGUCGAUGUCCAGAUGGACAGUUGCUGCAGGACGGCCGCUGCGUAGCGGUGACCGAGUGUCGCUGUGGAAUCCCAUCAGGCAAUGGGACAGUGGAGUUCAGCCCUAAAGAGGAGCUUGUCAUUGAAUGUAACACUUGUGUGUGCGAGAAUGGCACUCUGGUGUGCACCACACUUCCUUGUCCAGUGUAUGAGGCUUGGAGCCCGUGGAGCUCCUGCUCAGUCUCCUGUGGUCAGGGGCAAAGAACCAGGACACGGAGCUGCCAGGACACAGACGGCGGUCCCUCUUGUGUUGACACCACCCAGACAGAGAGCUGUGAUCUGCCAUCUUGUCCAGAGGGCUGUCUGUUAAGUGAGUGGUCACCCUGGAGUGAGUGCAGCAGCACGUGUGGCGGAGGGGUAUCAACGCGGAACAAGACGAUCCUUCAGGAAGCAGAGCCCGGCGGGGCAGCGUGUGUUGGGCCGCUCAAACAACAUACAGUCUGUAACACCAACAGCUGCCUGCCUGUGUGUCCCAGCGGGCAGGUAUACAGUAACUGCUCAGCUUCUUGUCCUUACACAUGCGAGGACCUGUGGCCACACACCCAGUGUUUACCUGUACCCUGUGCCCCUGGCUGCUCGUGUCCUCCUGGACAGGUGUUGUAUGAGGGCUCCUGUGUGCCUCACGCUGACUGUCCCUGUUCGUCACUCUCUUUGCCAACUGAGUACCAAAGCUGGAACAUGAGCAGUGAGGACUUUACAGAAGUUCUGCUGCAGCCUGGAACAACCGUUCAGCACCGCUGCAACACAUGUGUUUGCCGAGGUGGAGUGUUCAGCUGCUCCUCAAAGACCUGCGAUGUGGCCUGCCAGUGGUCCAGCUGGUCACCAUGGAGUCCGUGCUCGGCCAGCUGUGGUACUGGCCGGCAAAGCUCCACCAGAUCGGUUCUGCAGCCCAGCCUGUAUGGAGGCGCCCCGUGUGACGGCUUGAACAUCCGUGCCACAGCCUGUGUUGCUCCUGACUGUGAAUGUCCUGACGGGGAGCAGUGGAGGAGGAGCCUGUCAGAGGAGGCCCCGCUGUGUGAGAGAAGCUGUCAGGACAUUUACUCUACCUCCCCUGUCAACUGCAGCCGGUCCGCCGAGGGCUGCGUGUGUCAGGAGGGGCUUUACCGAAACCCAGCGGGCGUGUGUGUCAUCCCCGCCCUCUGCCCCUGCCACGACCAGGGCAUCCUGCGAGAGGUGGCAUCGGACUGGGAGGAAGGCUGUCUUUCAUGCAGCUGUGUGAACGGGAGAAAGCUGUGCCAGCCGAGAUGUCCUCCACUUGACUGUGAUGAGGGCGAAGUGAAGGUGGAGGAACCAGGCAGCUGCUGUCCAGUCUGCAGAAAACAAUUUCCAGGAGAGCCUGUGGCGGAGUGUAAGCGCUACGUUGAGGUCCGGAACAUCACCAAGGGAGCAUGUCGCCUUGACAACGUGGAGGUCAGCUUCUGCAGGGGACGCUGCCUGUCCUGGACUGAUGUCAUCAUGGAGGAGCCCCACCUCCGCUCUGAAUGCGAGUGCUGCAGUUACAAGCUGGAUCUGGUAAAACCAGUCCGUUUCCUCAGUCUGCAGUGUGAGAACGGAGACAGUGAGCAGGUCUUCCUACCAGUCAUUACCAGCUGCGAGUGCACCAGCUGCCACGGAGGCGACUUGUCCAGACGUUGAGUGACUGUGUAGCUUGACUGUGUGUGUUGAUGAGUGUUUGUGAGUGUGUGUCAGGUGGAGAGGAACCAGUCUGAACCCCAUGCUGAGCGAGAGCAGGAUUCUGAGCGCCAACUCUGUGAUAGAUGGAUGUUUCUGGGAGGAACAGAUGGAUGGACAGUCAAGUGGAAUUAGUUCUUGCUGAAGGACACCUUGCACCAUAUAGCUUUGAUCGUAGUUUCAAGUUCUUGUUCUCCACCUUCUUCAGCCUGUACAGUCUUUUUCUAUUGCGUAUUUAUAGAGUUUGAUCUAAGUAUGUUUUAUUAUUCAAGAUGUUUCAUAAUUAUGAUUGCUAUCAGUCUUCUUGUUUCCAUCUAUUGAACUUAUCAAUAAAAAAUUUAAU